GCACCGUCGAACUCCGCUGCGAUGAGGUUGUUCCGGAGAAAACAAGACGAGACGAAUGCUUAGCUUUGUCCAGCUCGAUUCUCACUUCUCUACGACUUCUGUAACGAUUUUGUUGGACUCGAGCUCAUAGAUUCACGCUCUACCUCUGGUGGUACCACAUCGGCGAUAAAGUAAUAGUGGAUCUGUCUCCCCGGAGUAUUUUUCCGUGGGUCGUGUUCGAUUUAAGUGGCCUUAUUGGGGUUUCUUUAUGGUGGUUCAUUUGCUAAUUAUUCACGAGGGCUUUUAGGGCUGGCUCUGGAGAGUUACUUGGAUUCCAGCCACCAGUCUGGGGUGCCCCUUGUGGCACCGUCCAUGGUGGCUGGAGACAUAGCGCAGUCAUCCUCGAGCUCUGGCAUCUUUUUCCAAGGUGAUGGGCAGUCUCAAAUCCCAUUGAACUCACACUUGAAUUCAUCUUUGGGGAACUCGGCAAAUUCAAUUUCAAGAGGGCGUUCGAAUUUGGGUCCCGUCUCUGGGGACAUGAAUCGGACUGUCUUAAACAGCGCAGCAAACUCCGGUCCAAGUGUUGGGGCAAGUUCAUUGGUGACAGACGCCAACUCUGGACUUUCAGGUGGUCCUCAUUUGCAGAGAAGUGCAAGCAUAAACACAGACUCUUACUUACGCCCACCUGCGUCACCAAUGUCAUUCUCCUCUAAUAAUAUAAGCAUUUCAGGCUCUUCUGUGAUUGAUGGGUCCUCUAUGGUUCAGCAGGGCUCUUAUCAAGAGCAGGGUUCACAACAAGUACGGCAGAGGCAGCAGCAUCAAGGGGCUUCCUCUGCUACAUCCCAACCUCCAGCUCAAUCGAGUCCAGUUUCUGUUCCUAGUGGCCCACAGGUACCCAGCUCCUUGACCCAGGAGCCAAAUAAUAUAUCCCAGAUGCAUAAGAAACCCAGACAUGAUAUUAGGCAAGAACAUAUUUUGCAGCAGCAGGUUUAUCAACAGUUACUGCAGAGACCAGAUUUGAUUGGUCACAAUCCACAAUUACAAGCUAUGCUUCAGCAGCAGAGACUACGGCAGCAACAGCGGCAGCAGCAACAGCAACAACAACUUAUGCUGUCUCUGCCACAGAUGCAGCGAACCCACUUGCAGCAGCAGCAGCAGCAGCAACAACAACAACAACAGCUGCAGCAACAACAACAACACCAACAGCAACAGCAACAGCAACAGCUAAGACACCAUCUUCAACAACAGGGCUUGCAGUCCGUAUCUGCCAUGAAGCGCCCUUAUGAGAAUGGCAUAUGUUCUCGUAAGCUAAUGCAAUACAUAUACCAUCAUCGUCAUCGCCCAUCGGACAAUAGCAUAGUCUAUUGGAGGAAAUUUGUUGCAGAAUAUUUUGCUCCUCGCUCAAAGAAAAGGUGGUGUUUAUCGUUAUAUGAUAAUGUUGGACAUCAUGCCCUUGGUGUUUUCCCCCAGGCAGCUAUGGAUUCGUGGCAUUGUGACGUAUGUGGUUCUAAAUCUGGAAGGGGAUUUGAGGCAACUUUUGAAGUUCUUCCCCGGCUUAAUAAAAUCAAAUUCGACAGUGGUGUUAUCGAUGAGCUUUUAUUUGUGGACCUGCCGCGCGAAUGUAGGUUUCCUUCAGGAUUAAUGAUGCUGGAAUAUGGGAAAGCAGUUCAAGAGAGUGUUUAUGACCAACUUCGUGUUGUUCGUGAGGGUCAUCUUCGUAUAAUAUUCACUCCUGAUCUGAAAAUAUUGUCUUGGGAAUUCUGUGCACGGCGUCAUGAGGAACUUUUGCCUCGUAGACUGGUAACACCACAGGUGAACCAGUUACUACAGGUUGCACAGAAAUAUCAAAAUAGUGUUACUGAAAGUGGAUCUGCUGGGCUGUCAACUCAGGAUUUGCAGACAAACUGCAAUAUGUUCCUGACAGCUGGGCAGCAGCUAGCUAAGAAUUUGGAGUUACAGUCUCUGAAUGACUUGGGAUUUUCCAAAAGAUAUGUCCGGUGCUUGCAGAUAUCUGAAGUUGUAAAUAGUAUGAAAGACAUGAUAGAUUUCAGCCGGGAGCACAAUAUUGGACCUAUUGAGAGUUUGAAGAACUAUCCUCGACAGGCUGCUGCAGCCAAGUUGCAGAUGCAAAAGAUGCAGGAAAUGGAGCAGCUAGCAAGUGCUCAAGGUCUGCCUACAGACCGUAACAUGCUCAGUAAGCUAAUGGCAAUGCAUCCAAAUCCAUUGAACAAUCACAUGAACAGCAACCAUAUGGUUGGCGGUGGAGUCUUGAAUAGUUCAGCACAGGCUGUCGUUGCCCUGAGCAAUUACCAGAACUUGCUUAGACAGAAUUCUAUGAAUUCAAACUCUAAUGUUCUACAACAGGAGGAAGCUUCUAGUUCCUUGAGUGGUUCUAACCAGCCACAGUCUUCUCCGUUCCAAGGCACUGGGUCUUUGCCUUCAGUAUCCAUGCAGAGUGUACCAGUCAAUGGCUUGGCAAAUCCCCAUCAGCAGCAGUCGCUGAAUGCUAGCAAUAACCUAGUCAUCCAACAGAGCCAUCCUCAAUCCUCGCAAGCCAACAAGAGCUUACCACCGCACAUGAUCCAGCAGCUGUUGCAGGAGAUGAUUAAUAAUGGUGCUGGAGUACAACAGCAGCUGCCACAGCCACCAUCACAGCAGCAACAACCAUCACAACAGGUCCAUGGAGGGCAGAGUGCGAAUGGGAGUGUGGGGGACGAUGUGUUCCAUAGUGUCAAUGGAGCUGCAGGUGUUGGAUUGCAAAUGCGGGCUGGGGGCACCGGUAUGGUCAGUACAGGGGGGUUUGGGAACAACUCUGUCGUAACCCUUGCUUCCAACGCAUCUCCUGGUUCUGUGGGGAUGGCUCCAAACAGGAGUAACAGUUUCAAGGCUGCCUCCAACAGCAACUGCUCUGGGGUUGGUGGAAACAACAGCUAUAAUCAGAGAGCACAUGAUUUGCCCCAGAAUCUACGUCUGCCAGAAAUGGUCCAGGAUAUAUCUCAUGAAUUCACGGAAAAUGGAGUUUUCAAGAGUGAACCCAGGGACAUGGACUAUGGGUGGAAGGCUUGACUGACCAAGUAAAUAUUUAUUGUUGGGAAAGUAACCCUAUCAAGUAGUUUGUACAGGAGCUUGAAAGUCU